GCAGUGUGUUUCGUGUGCGUGUGUGGACGAGCACUCAGCCAGUCACUUCUCUUCACCCCGUGCUCUAGCCAGGCAUCACCCACCAGCAGCCAUGAGAUCCCAGGUUCUCAGCCUCCUGGCCGUGGCCACCGGCUCUGCCGUCGCCCAAGAGUACUAUACCUAUACGGCCACCUCCACCCAGGAUGUGUACGCCGCGCAGGCCACCGCCAAAACGUCCAGCCCUGUGACCUAUGUCAAGGGCAAGGCCUUCGACCGUAUCGCCAUCAUCUGGCUCGAGAACACGGAUUAUGAUCUGGCCAUCGGUGACCCAAAUCUGGCCUGGCUCGCUCAGCAGGGCAUCACACUUGAGAACUACUUCGGUUUGACGCACCCGUCCGAGCCCAACUAUGCCGCCUCGCACGGUGGUGAUUACUUUGGCAUGGACAACGACGACUUGAACUUCCUGGACGCCAACAUCUCGUCCAUCGUCGACCUGCUCGAGGAGAAGAACAUUUCGUGGGGUGAGUAUGAGGAGGACAUGCCCUACUCCGGGUUCGAGGGAUCUGCGUGGGUAAACCAGCAGACGGGCGCCAACGACUACGUGCGAAAGCACAACCCUCCCGUUCUCUACAACAGCAACUCCGGCAAGGCCGACCGCCUGGCGGUCAUGAAGAACCUGACGCUGUUCUACGAGGACCUCGAGAACGAGACGCUGCCGCAGUGGAUGUUCAUCACGCCCAACAUGACGGACGACGGGCACGACACCUCCGUCACCGUGGCGGGCGCCUGGACGCGCAACUUCCUGACCCCGCUGCUCAACGACACUCGCUUCAUGAACAACACGCUCGUGCUCGUCACCUUUGACGAGACCUCCACGUACGCGAUCCAGAACCGCGUGCUUGCCAUCCUCCUGGGCGAUGCCGUCCCCGAGAGCCUCGUCGGCACCACCGACAGCAACUACUACAACCACUACUCGGAGAUCGCCACCGUCGAGGCCAACUGGGAUCUCCACACGCUCGGCCGGUGGGACGUGGGCGCCAACGUCUUCUCCUGGGUCGCCGAGCUCACGGGCGACCCGCUGCGCGAGUGGGACAAUGCGACCUACGGGCCGUUCGACUCGUACUUCUGGAACCAGAGCUAUGAUGGCGUCAUGAACGAUGCGCCGUCGUACCCCGUGUAUCCAGCGCCGAACCUGGACAUCGAGAGCCCGAGCGGGCGGACGGUGUCGCCGGCCAUCAAGGCGAAAUGGGCGGGCAGUACGAACCCGGACUACUAUGAGAAUAUCAUUGAAGUGCCUGACGGACUGCACCCGCCUGCUGGGUAUGGCGGUGGUGCCUUUGCGACUUAAGAGGAGAAGAGGGAGGGGGCGAUGAUGAAAGUAGAGCUGUGGGAAAAGGAGUAGUCUUUAAUGAGACAACGUCUCCCAAUUGGGUGCG